AUUGAAGGUGAGGGAGGCUUUCAAGUGGCUUAUAUAUGAGUGUUGGUUCCUUUUGUUUGCCCUGCCUAUUUGUUUGCAGGUCGUUAUAUGUGCCUGCCCACUUAGGAAAUUGAAGGUCUAUGCGGAACGCACAGGUCGAUUUAGUGUGGGGAGGAGUUAAGCAUCUAGCAUGGGAUGAGAAAGCGGGCAAAGUUUAUAUUGUUAACUUUGAGGGAUCAAGUCUGGCAGAACCAUGUCCCUGGGACUAUAUCAUCUGGACAGAACGGGCUCUCGUUCUUCCCCCGCAAGACUUAGCAUUGGGGGAAAUGAAGUCAUUUGGACUGCCUAUUGUUGGUAGGAGACAUUGAUGCCGAAAUUUUCUAGCUUGUUCAUCGGUCAUAAGGAGCAAGCGUGCAUUUCGAGACAAAAGCCACAAUA